GUCACGGACGUGGACGCGGUCACGAACGCGGACGACCCGGAGCGCGCGCCGUGACGCGUCCAGCACCACGGACAGCUCCCUGCGUCACAAAAUGGACACGCGCGCUUCUCUGACACCUUUUUCUUUUUCAAGCAUUUCUGCGCUUUUUGCCGCAUUGGCGAGCUCGCAUCCCGGACGAGCCGCGGGACGUCCGCACCUCCCUCUUGUCACGCAGUGCGUAACGCGGCGGAGGAGGCGUGAACGCACCUGGCAGUCGGGCGCGCGGGUGGUCGUCACAAGACCACGCGCGGGCCGCGACAUGAGCGCGCCGCUCGGCGAUGCGCACGGUUUUCGCUCACUUUCCCCGGGAGCGAUGCGGUGAACCCGCGGCGGGCGGCGCGCGCGCGCAUGGAGACCCCGGCCAAGUAUCUGUCUUCCGCGCAGGGGGCGAGCGACUCCGCGCCGGUGUGGAACGGCACCGGCUCGGCGGCGACGGACGACAAGGGGCGUGACGCGGCGCGGCGCACCGUGACGGGAUGCCUCCUCUUGCUGCUCAUCCUGUGGACGCUGCUGGGCAACAUCCUGGUGUGCUGCGCCGUGCUGCGCACACGCCACCUGCGCGCCAAAGUCACCAACAUCUUCAUCGUGUCGCUGGCGCUGUCCGACCUCCUGGUGGCCGUGCUGGUCAUGCCGUGGAAGGCCGUGGCGGAAGUGGCGGGCUACUGGCCCUUCGGCAGCUUCUGCAGCGUGUGGGUGGCGUUCGACAUCAUGUGUUCCACGGCCUCCAUCCUCAACCUGUGCGUCAUCAGCGUGGACCGCUACUGGGCCAUCUCCAGCCCCUUCCGCUACGAGCGCAAGAUGACCCAGAGAGCGGCCUUCGUCAUGAUCGGCGUGACCUGGACUUUGUCCCUGCUCAUCUCCUUCAUCCCCGUGCAGCUGGACUGGCACCGAGCGGCGGCGCCCGGGACGCGCCACCCCUCCUCCGGGAACUGCGACUCCAGCCUGAGCCGCGAGUACGCCAUCUCCUCGUCCUUGGUCAGCUUCUACAUCCCCGUGGCCAUCAUGAUCGUCACCUACACGCGCAUCUACCGCAUCGCGCAAAUCCAGAUCCGCAGGAUCGCGUCGCUGGAGAGAGCGGCGGAGCACGCGCAGAGUUGCAGGACCGAGCGCGUGGCGUGCCGGCACCACGAUGCUCUGAAGACCUCCAUCCGGCGGGAGACCAAAGUCUUCAAGACCCUCUCCGUCAUCGUGGGCGUGUUCGUGUGCUGCUGGCUGCCCUUCUUCGUGCUCAACUGCAUGGUGCCCUUCUGUGAGCGCCCGCACGCCGGCCUGCCCUGCGUCAGCCAGACCACCUUCGACGUCUUCGUGUGGUUCGGCUGGACCAACUCCUCGCUCAACCCCGUCAUCUACGCCUUCAACGCCGACUUCCGCAAGGCCUUCGCCGGCCUGCUGGGCUGCCGCCACUUCUGCUCCGCCACGCCGGUGGAAACGCUCAACAUCAGCAACGAGCUGGUGUCCUACAACCAGGACACCGUCUUCCACAAGGACGUGGCCCGCGCCUACGGCAACAUCAUCCCCAACGUGGUGGAGUGUCUGGACCGCCAGGAGACCUUCGACCGGAUCUCGCGCUUCUCCGCCGCCGACGACCGCGCCAGCGACUCCGUGUGCGACCCCGAGGACUGCCGGGCCGUCGUCAGCCUGGACCGCAUGUCGCCCUUUACGCCCAACGGAUUACACUGACUCCAGCUACCCAGCUGCGUUUCUCGCGGGGGACCCGUUAAAGUGACGGACAGGAAGUGAAGCCCGGUCUUGUGGGCCUGGAAACCUUAGAAAAAGGCUUUGAUAUGGAAAUCUUGAGUCCUAACAAAAACAAAAUGAAACGGGGGAAAUGUUGAGUCCUAACAAAAACAAAAUGAAACGUGGGAAAUGUUGAGUCCUAACAAAAACAAAAUGAAACGUGGGAAAUCUUGAGUCCUAACAAAAACAAAAUGAACGGGGGAAAUGUUGAGUACUAACAAAAACAAAAUGAAACGUGGGAAAUGUUGAGUACUAACAAAAACAAAAUGAAACUUGGGAAAUGUUGAGUCCUAACAAAAACAAAAUGAAAGGGGCCACUUUGGUACAUUUUCUAUAGUAAAGAUGCUAAAGCUAGGUCAACAUAUGCUAAGCUAUUCGAAGAAAAGAUCCGCGUCUUAGCUUUUCUGUUCAAGGUGACAAAUCAAUGAGCUAAAUUUGUUGAACAUCACAACAUGCUGAGGGAAAAUAAAUAAUAAGAUGUUGGCCAAAAAUGGCCCCCCAGCUGCAGUUUGGAAACACUUGAAAUAGGCGGAAGAAAACAGUUGUGUUAUGUAGCAAUAAUUCUGAACUUCAGCUGAUAAGAAACUUUUCAUUCCUAAAAAUAAGUGUUGUCAAAUGGUUGAAUUGUUAAAAGAGAGUAAACAUGAGGGUUCAUCAUCACUAAUCACAGGAAAUGACUUUUGUGUGCAAUUUAAACUUUAAAAAAGACCCCAAUAUUUUGACACAAACAUCCAUCCAUCCAUUAUUUACUGCUUAUUUCCUUUGGGGUCACGGGGGGCGCUGGCGCCUAUCUCAGCUAUAAUCAGGCGGAAGGCAGCGUACACCCUGGACAAGUCGCCCUCAUCACAGGUGUCUAAAGUCCAGUCACGUGAAAUAACAUCUACGCUCCAAAUAAAUCUCAAAGAUGAAUGCAAACAUUUGUGGCUACUUUUGACAGCCCAACUCAUCAAAUAUUUCAUGAUUUAAUCCUUGCUUCUUCAACUUGACCUCACAAAACCCUCUGCUCACCAAGUACCAGCAUAAUGACCAACAUUACAAUACACUAGCAUAGUAGGCCCAAGUAUUUAUCAAAAAAAAGUUGGAUUUUCUAUUUAACAAGCAUAUUUCGUAUGUAAGAUUACGCACAGUUUGAAGAGUAACACUGUGUUUAAAUAUAAGAAAAUAGAACAAUGUCAUUUAAAGGCCUACUGCGACCCCAAAAAGGGAAUAAGCGGUAGAAAAUGGAUGGAUGGAUAGUUUAUUAGUUGGUAUUGUUUAUUAUUACUAUAUAUAUUGACUAUAUAAUAAAUCAUUGAACUUUACCGCCCCCUGGUGUCUGAGGUGUCAUCUCCCUCUGUUAAACCAAAUAGGAAUUGUUAUUUGUGUUCAUCUUGCCAGAGGUGGGUAGAGUAGCCAGAAAUUGUACUCAAGUAAGAGUACUGUUACUUUAGAGAUGUAUUACUCAAGUAAAGGUAAGGAGUAGUCACCCAAAUAUUUACUUGAGUCAAAGUAAAAAGUAUGUUGUGAAAAAACUACACAAGUACUGAGUAACUGAUGAGUAAGCUGUUCCUUUAAUGAUGACAUCAACAAAUAAUGCACAAAAACAUAAAAAUAGCAAUGAGCAAAUUCAUAGUCAGGAAUAUCCCUGAAGCAACUAAAACAAUAAUAUAUAUGAAAUUAUAAUACAUUACAAUAAAAAAAUUAAGGUAAAUUGAGACACAACAACUAAACAGCACCAUAGGCUCAGUGGGCAUUGAUUGAUUGAUUGAUUCAUUGAUUGAUUGAUUGAUUGAUUGAUUGAUUGAUUGAUUGAUUGCAACUUGUAUUAGUAGAUUGCACAGUACAGUACAUAUUCCAUACAAUUGACCACUAAAUGGUAACACCCCAAUAAGUUUUUCAACGUUAAUCAAUUACUUAAUAAAUGACCAAGUCGAUAUGAUCUACCUCAUAUAUAUAUAUAUAUA